UUAAGGGGACUGGACGCGCGACUCACUCUUCUCGCGGUGCCCGAGCUCGCGCACCACAGUCUCCACCGUCUCGAAGGAGCAGCGCGGGCCCGCGAGAAUCAUGGACGCGCCGAGCCCCGGAGAGCCCGGGGCGCUCGACCCCGCGGAGGAGCCCACAAGGAGUGGGAUCGCGAGCCGGACCCGAGCCUGGCGGGGCUUUGGUCCCGUGGAGCCGAUCGUCUUCUUGGCCAGCUUCUCCUUGGUGCUGCAGGGACCGCUCACCACCCAAUACCUGUGGCACCGCCUGGGCGCAGAAGUGGGCUACAACGGCACUAGUCGGGGGGGCGGCUGCAACCACACCUCGGACCCCAAGCAGCAGGAAGUGGAGACACUGACCUCCCACUGGAGUCUCUACAGCAAUCUGAGUGGCUUCUUCGUGGGGCUCUUCUCGGCCACCUUGCUGGGCCCAUGGAGUGACUCUGUUGGAAGACGCCCGCUGCUGGUGCUGGCCUCUACUGGCCUUCUCCUUCAGGUCAUUGUGAACAUCAUCGUUGUAUCCUUGGACCUCCACGUGGGCUACCUCGUCCUGGGCCGCGUGCUCUGCGCCUUCCUAGGGGACUACAACUCCCUGCUGGCCUCCGGCUUCGCCUCUGUGGCCGACGUCAGCACCACCAGCACUCGGACCUUACGCAUGGCCGUGAUGGAGGCCUGCCUCGGGAUAUCCGGCAUGUUGGCCGGCAUCUUGGGGGGCCACUGGAUCAAGGCUCAGGGCUACCAGAACCCCUUCUGGCUGGCGCUGGCCACACUGAUCACCGCCACACUCUACGCAGCCUUUGUGUACCGAGAGUCGGUACUGGAUCCGCAGAGGGCGCCCCUCUUCACUCUCCGGCACUACCGGUCCGUGUUCCAGCUCUUCGCAGCCCCUGCCCCGGGGAAAUCCAGGAAGCACUUGGCUCUCUACCUGCUGGCUCUCUUCCUGGUGCUCACCGUUCAUUAUGGAACCUGGGACAUCAUCGUGCUGUACGAGCUCAGCUGGCCCCUGUGCUGGGGCUCCAAUCUGAUCGGCUACGGCUCAGCGGCCCAGCAUCUGUCCUACCUGGUCAGCCUGGCACAGGUGUGGCUCUUCCAGCUUUGCCUCAGGGACAGCUGGAUGGCGGAGGUCAGCCUCGCCUUCAAUGUUGUGGGGCUGCUGGUGUUUUCUGUGGCCAAGACGACGGCGCUGAUGUUUAUAGGGUAUGGGAUCCUCUCUUUCUCGCUGGUGAUUACCCCAGUGAUCCGAGCCAAGCUCUCCAAGCUGGUGGACAAAUCUGAACAGGGUGCUCUGUUCUCGUGCAUUGCCUGUGUGAGUGGAAUCGCCAUGAUGUCAGCCACAGGAGUCUUCAAUUCCCUCUAUCCAGCCACACUGAACUUCAUGAAGGGCUUCCCCUUCCUUCUGGGAGCUUUCAUUCUUCUCAUCCCAGCCAUUCUGAUUGGGCUGCUGGAAAAAUCUGACCCUCGACCUGAAUACCAGAAAUCAUUUCACUGAAGCCCCCUGACCCACCCUUUGGGGCGAGCAGGAGAACCUCUGAUCGCUGCUUCAGCAAACGAGAGCAGAGGGCCCCACGCUGCUUGGCAGCCAGAGAGGUGUGGACUUCUACCCCAGAUCGGGGCUUUUACCCAAGCUCUCUCUGUUCUCAGAGGGGAGCAGCUAAACUAGUUGGUUAGGUUCCGUCAGAGUGACCUCCAGCGGCAUUGUGGGGGAAAAAUACUCCUUUUUAGCAAAAUUGGAAAUAUUGAGCAAUAUCAUUUCUUUGAUCAUGAAAUUCUCUCCAGGCUGCCUCUUUAGGGAAGUGGCUACAACAAAAGCCUUUCUUUUGGACAUGGAGCAAGAUCUCAGCCAUCUUUAUCCCUGCAAAGAUAAGACUCACCCCAGGGAAGUGCCUUUGGUGCCACUGAAAGAAGAGGCCCUCUUCCAUUCUGAAAAGGGAGCAGGCCAAAAAUUCCAACAAUUCUGGAAUUUUUACACCAACUAUAUUUGUACCUCCUGUGAUUUUUUUUCUACUUCAAGAUUGCUUUAAAUGUUACCUGAAAUCAUUUGGGGGUAGAGAUGUGUCAGAGGGUACGGGAGACUAUGCCAGUUUGAACAUCUUUCUCUCCUAGCAAGAAAUGUUUGGAUGUGAGAUUAAGGUUAGAUUAAAUAAAAUUUUUCUAACAGAA